AUGGAAGACGAACUGCAUGGGUUGCAGUCCAAAUGGGCCGAAGAACUCCCAGACUCACGUACGCUGGCCGUCGCGCAACGCUCGGCACGCGAGAAGCACGACGUGGCUCAGACUGAAGCCGCGCAUAAUGAGCUCCAGGAGGUCCUUCUCCAGCAGCAACUGAUGUUCGCGACGCUGCAGUCGGCGCUGCUGCAUGCGCCACUGCAGUCGAUCGGGAGGGAUAUCUUGAAGGCGCUUCAUUUCGACACGCACCUUGGGUGGGAUUCAGAGGAGCGAGAGAAGGCGCUCAUGAGGCACCGCACUCGAUCUCUAGCCACGGUUCCUUUACUUGUGGAUAAACUAGUCCAAGGACCGAUCAGUAAGAAGGUUGCCACGAGGAGGAGCGCGGACGUGGACAAACCCGUGACGCCGCUCUCUCAGAUCGAUAUCACGGGUUGUGGAGACUGUACGCUCAUCUCUAGUGUGUUUAUCUCCGAGAUCCCGCACACCUCGCUGAAGGUGGUGUACGAGGCCAUUUCAAGAUACUUUGAUAACAUUCCGACGUGGAUGAAGCGGCAUUUUGGCGUCGACGCGAAGUGUACGAGACUCAAUAAAGAGGACUCCCCAGCGGUGUAUUGGCGCCUGAAGCUCCAAGGGAGCGGCAUCCCAGCGUCAGUGAAUCACGUGCUCUGCUCGGAGCUGACACAGACCUACGGUAUGUUCCACAUCGACGCUAUCACGGAUGACCCCCUGCAUCCAGUGUCCUCGAAGGACCUGGUGCAGUACGGACUCAACGGGAUCACCAUCACGCCCCGCAAAGAACCGGACUCGGAUAAGGUGGUGUCGGUGACACUGCGCUGGCUCGUAGUCUACCGCUAUAAUCUGUUACCAGACGAUCCGACCAUAAAGGAGGAGCUAGAAGGUAUCCGGCCGAUCCUGAACGGCGACUUGAUCACCUCGGCUGUGUGUGGCUACCUCCAAGAGCAGCAGCAAGCAAGCCCCUAG